CAAGUCCUGUCUGACGGAUUUCUUGAGUUUGUCCUUCAAUUUUCUUUGCGUCAUCCCCUGCCGUUGACCGGCUCACUCAUCAUCGCUAUUCUCCAAAUGUUGUCCUCCUAGACCUCCCAAGACUUUGUACCACUAUGCUUCUAAGCCACAUUAAAAGGCUAUGCACAUUAUUGCCUUCCUUCAUUGAAGCUUUGCCGCAACACUCGGAUCCUUCUUCCAUUUCAACCUCGCUACCAGUUCCACUGCAGCGCUCGGUGCCCGCAUGUGCUCAGCCAUGCCUACGGGAUUCUCUUUUGGAUCAGUUCCCUCUAGCAUGUACCUCUCGAGUAGACUUUACCUGUCUCUGUUCUCAUUAUAGUACCGGCGGAGAGAGCCUGGGUGAGGUGGCACUCGGAUGCAUAUAUGCCUCUUGCUCCACCGUGGAUAGCAGUGCAGCUUCAGCAUACAACAUCUGUUUAGGGGAGAGGAAUGCUGUUCCACCCACUCAAACUGUCUUGACAGUCACUGCUGCUAGCUCGAUUAUGUCGAGACCCACGCUCUCAACAUCAGUCGCUACCAUUACAAAACUCGCAUCGACGUCCCAAACAUCUUCUAAAGUUCAACUAUCUGCAACCAAUUCAGUCGUUGUGGAUUCAGUUCUUCUCACUUCGACCGCCUCUCCUUCACCCUGGACACCAUCAUCGAGCGUCCCUACAGCAGCAGAGGCUGAAGGGCCAAGAACCAUGAAGCCUGCUCAGAUUGCAGGCUUGUCAGUAGCUGCGGCGGCUACGUUUGUCCUUGCAAUUGGCCUUAUGGUUCUGAGUGUCUGCCUUCGAAGAAGAAAAGAACGACGAGGUGUGACUGAGAUUAUCGGAGACGAGAAAAGACCGCAGGGCCCCCAAAGGGAGAAAUUCUCGGCAAGACUCUCAAAAAGAUUCUCCACCAAAGCCCAGCAGCUUGCGGUACCGCAACUGAAACUUCGGACGAAGCCUAAGAUGGCGCCGGGAAGGGCUGGAGUAGGCCUUACAUCACUCGCGGGGUUCUCCGACCCUUACCUGAGUCGAGCUAAUCCAAACACUGAGGUCUACGCAGUACAAGUGGACACAAAGCCCCCCCAAAUGUAUCCGUCCAAUUUUAACUCUACGCACCCUGCCUUUCGCCCAGGAGCUAGCGACUUAAACAACUUCUCUAAUACUUCCUUGCCCCUUGAGCAGAUAGGACUUGCUAUUAGUGCGGAGCUUCCAGCUGGAUCUGUUCCUGUCAUUCGGCCACCUCAAAUCCUGAAGAGACCCUCGUUAAGACAGCAGAGACCGAAGAGCAUUGUUCGUCGAUCUGGAAACCCUUUCGAUCGGCCGGACAGUGUUCUCACCCAAGACACCGUGUUUGAAGAAGACGUUCCACCGGAGCGUCGGAGGUCAUCCAGGCUCUUGCCGACUCCUCCAAUCCCCAUCCUCCCAAUACGGACACUGCAACCGCCAAGACCGCAGCCAUCUCUGAACCCUUCUGCAUUGCCAAAACACACGAAUCUCAGCCGUCAACAAGCACAACAACAACCUGAGUUGUUUUUAAAUAUCCCUGUCCGACAUUCAAGAACACAGCCAUUGCCGGUGACGCUGGAAUACAUAACAUCCCGGGUCUCGCCGCAGGAUCCCGCUCCUUCUUUACGGACAUCUUCUGUUUAUGAUCAACACAAGUCCAUCACAACAAACGCAAGCACUCCAGCGCCAGGAAAUAUGGGAGAUAUUCCAGACUACUACUUUAUGUCGAACAGAAGCCCACCAAGGCUUCCUAUUCCAAUUGCAACACCAGGCCGACUUGUGCGCCCGAAGGAGUCACCAAAACUUGUUACUGUCAAGGCAAAGAACUCAGCCAGUACUGUUUCGAGGACGACAUCAAGAGGCUCGACCAACCCGCGUGACUCAAUCUCGUCACAGACGUCAUUUGAGACGGUUGAUCCUGAUGAUCCUACUCCUGAGGAAGACGAUGACGACAAGCAACUGGCUGAUGAUAGCAAGCUCUCUCCAGUGGCAGAAUCGCCGAUCUCCAAUCUUCGUUAUCCAAAGGUGCCGCGAGCCUCGAACCAGCUUGUCCCACGUAGUCCGAGGAGUCCUCAUAGUCUGAGAAGCGACCAGAGCACACAUAGUCCACGCUACGCGCCAGAGCCAUCGUCGCUACUCGUGAAGAGAAUAGGCGAGCAGGAAGCGCUUAAACUCGGAGGGCGACUUCAGAUGGCAACUGGCAGCCCAAACAGAGAGGAGAUCAGGGAGCACAUGAAGCACUAUCGAGAACAUGUGCGUAGCAACAGCACGGAAACAGCGUGGAGCUCCGUUCGCUCGAGCGAGCGCCACACUCGAACCCAGAGCGGGCAGUGGCCCAAAAGCCCCGCCAUGUACGAAGCGAGCGCCGUCCAACCUCUGAAUCUCAAUCUCCGCUCAAGAGCACCGCCGCCGGAGAUGAGUGCGUUGAAGAGCCCAGCGUGGGUGCCCAGGCUCACUCCAACGCGGCAUGGAGACGAUCUUUUGAUAUCUGUUACUUAUUCUAAGCCCAAUCAUUGACGGCAGCCUUUGUUUUUGUUUGUUUUUUCUCCAUAUGAAGUUGUAAUUCCGGCGAGCAUAGCAUUGGGCGGGCUCUUCAGCCUCAAUUUUUUUUAUGACUAACCAUACUUUCCUUUCCUUCCUGGCGCAUUCAUUAUUGUACGAAGAGUACACAUCGAGAUACCCAUUUGCACUCCUUCAGACUAUUCGCAUUGAUCAGUGGGCUAGGGAAAUAAAGAAACUGUAUGAUAGCAACGCAUGAGUCUAUAGACUACCUAGAGAAACCCGGACGUGGAACAGG